AUGAGCAGCAAGGCCCCAGCAGCAGCAGCAGAGACAGCAACAGUCUCUGCUGCGCCUGCUGCUGCUGCAGGGGCCCCCUACAAGGGCCCUUUGCUGCAGAUUGGGUCUCCCCUCUUUUCUCUUUCUAGGGACCACACAGCGGCAGGGGGGCCCCCGAGGCCCCCCAGCUCCAAGCUGCUGCAGCUGCUGGAAGAGGAGGCUGAGGAGGCGGCCUUUGGCGGCCAGUCGCCGCUAGAUUUGAGGAGCAGCAGCAGCAGCAGCAGCAGCCCCAGCGACAAGUGCAGCAGCGGCCGCUCCAGCAGCAGCAGCAGAGGCUCUGUGGCGGCCGACGGUGCUCAAUUCUCAGAUUCCUCAGCCCCCAACAGCACAGUACCCUCUCCAGUUUCAUUUUCGCCGUCUCCUGUUUCCUCAGCAGCCUGGGGGCCCCCGAGGGCCCCCGAGGCCCCCAGGGGCCUCCGAGGGCCCCCUGACCUCUGGAGGCCCCCUGACCUUUGGGGGCUCCCCGGGCCUCCCCGGAGCAGCAAACUGCUGCAGGAGUUGAGGGCGACGCUGCAGCGCCUACGGACUUCAGGGGAAAGGCCCCCGAAGCAGCAGCAAGCGGGGGGGCCCCUUCUCUCUCUUUACCGCCUCCAGGCCCGCUGCCGGGGGCCCCUGACCUCAGCUUCUGCUGCUCUGAAGGCAGCAGAGAGGGGGGAGCCUUAUAGGGGGGCCCCCCUCGCUGAGUCUGUAAGAGGGCCCCCCACCUCUGGGGCCAGGCUGCGGGCCAGGGUCCUGCCCCGGGCUUCUCAAGAAAUUCUCCCGCCCUUGGGCCCUCCCCAGGGGCCCCCGGGGCCCCAGGAGCCAGGCUCAAAGGGUACCCCGGGGCCCCUUGAGCCAGACAUUUCCCACAGCAGCUUUGAGGGCCCCUCCGGAGCUCAGGGGGGCCCCGGGUCUCUGAGGGCGCAGCGCCCAUUUACCGAAGAGGAGCAAAGACCCUGUGAGGCCCCUGAAAGAGCAGAGGCUGGGGCCCCCAGGGGCUCCCAAGAGGGGGCCCCCAGGGGCCCCCAAGAGGGGAGCCCCAGGGGCUCCUGUUGGGCACAGGAAGGGUCUUCAAGCCCCAGGGGGGGCCCCAGGGUGACUUGCUGUGGAGAGCCUCCAGGCUCCAGGCUCCCCAAGCCCUGUGGGGCGGGGCUGCAGGGCCGGGAAGCAUUUGCUGCUGCUCUUCUGGAGGCGCAGCAGCGGCUGGGGGCCCGGGGGCCCCCCAAAAGCCCUUCAGCAGGGUUGGGGGCCCCUCUGCCUGACUCUGAGGGCACUGGCACGCGCAGACGGAGCUUUCAGCAGCAGCUGCUGCGCUGCACGGGGGCCCUCAGGGCCCCCAGGGUACAGCGGGAAGACAGGGGGCCCCGGAGUUCUGUGCCCAGCGGUUCUGGGGGCCCCCAAGAGGCAGCUGCUGCUCAUCUGUACCUUUCGGGCCCCCAGGUGGGGGGCCCCCCUGACCCCGCAGAGGCCCCGGAAGAAGUUCCUUUGGAGGGGCCCUUGCUGGCAGACUCCAGGCCCCCUCAAAUUGUAGACUUAACAGAACUCGAAAGCAACAAGACCCUAAUUCAGCAGCUCCAUGAAAAGCAAUUUGGGGCACUUAAAGAGACAAGUAGAGCUUCUUCUCCUGUGGAAUCUGCUCUGGAGGGCUUCCCUGGAUGGGGUGCCCCCGGAAGGCUGGGGGCCCCCGAGGGGGCCCCCCGCGAAGGGCUUCGAAGGACCCACAGCCAGGCGCAGCUGUCUCCUCAAGGCAGCAGCAGCAUUACCUAUUUCAGGCAGAGGCUGCAGCAGGAGCAGCAGCGCCUGCUGCUGCAGCAGCAGCAGAUGCAGCAGCAGCAGCAGAUGAUGCGCAGCAGGCUCCGAGCCAGCAGUGUACAGCACAGGAUGCAGCCGCAGCAAUACAUAAAGCAGCAGUGGCAGCGGCUGGCAACUGCUGCGCAUUUCGAGGAAAGGGGGCCCCCUAAGUGGUACGCUGAUGGAAUUCCGUGGGGGCCCCCCUCUUCUUUGUGGAGGGCCCCCCAGCUCCAGCUAGCGGGGCCCCAUACUGCUUGCUGCAAGGAGACUCUUGGGUGGGCCCCUCCUGCAUCUUUGGCCUCCACCACAGCAUUCAGCUGCAGCAACAGCAGCAGCAACGCAUGCAGCAAUAGCAGCAGCAACAGCAGCAGCGCGUGCUGCAGCAUUGCGCUUGCUGUCCCGGAAGAGGUUAGCAGGGGCCUCGAGCGUCAGCGGAGUCUCCUUUACAAGCGGCUGGAACAGCGCUCCAGCAGCUUUGUGGUUGCUGCUGCUGCUGCUGCACUACGGCAGCAAAAGCAACAGCAGCAGCAGCUGCAGCAGCAACAACAACAACAACAGCAGCAACAGCUACAACAGCUGAACCAGCAGCAACAGCAGCAACAGCAACGAGAGCAGCAAGAACAGCUGCUGCAGCGGGACAGCUCCAGCAGUGCUGCGGAAGGCGGUUCCACUUUAAGGCCCAAAGAAGAGGAAACAGAAGCAUCAAAAGAGACAAGUGAAACAGAGGACCCAAGUCACCAUUUUACCCUUCGGAUGCAAAAGCAAAAUGUAGGUGGGGGGCUCCCUAGGCAGCGAGGGAGCCGGAGAAGCCCUCCUCCUCCUUUGCAAGAGUCUCUGGUUAUCACAAACGCGUUUGAGACACUUCAGCAGCAGCUGCAGCAGCAGCAGCAGCAACAGCAGCUGCAGCAAAAACGCCUGCAGCAUCAGCAGCUAAAGCUCCAGGGCGGCCAUCAGCGCACAGCUGGAGCGCAAGGGGGCCGCUUCGAGGGAACUCGCAUGAAUGUUUUAUCUGGAGUGAGGCCUUUCUCAGCUGACGGGCCUCGAUGUUCUCCUGCUGCUGCUGCUGCUGCUGCUGAUGCUGCUGCUGCUGCUGCGGCUAGGGCUCAGCGGCUCCAAAGGGAACGCCUCUGGGCCACCGCUGCUGCUUUGCAGCCCCACAACAGCAGCACCAAACCAGAACCAGAAACAGCAGCAGCAGCAGCAGCAACUACCGAAGCUGCAGCAGCGCCGACCAGACUACAGGAAGCAGCAGACACAGAAGCUAGCCGGGGACAGGCAGCUAGCUUUGUACAGCCAACUUCUCCCGAAAGCAGAGAUGCCAGCUCAGUCGUGAGCUCAGAGGAGAGGUGGCUAGCAGCAGCAGGAACGGCUAAUGCUGCCCACGCUGCAAGUGCUGCUGCGGCAGCUUCUGGUAUUCCGCAGCAGCAGGGAGAACAGCAGCAGCAACAGAAGCAGAUGGGGUUUUCCCCAGCCUGUGAGUCGCCGCAGCAGCAGCCUACUGAAAUGAGCAAAAUAGGAUGGGGCAGCACUUCAGUUGGCAGCUGCAGCACAGGAGAUUCGCCAGCAGCUUUACCUGCAGCAACAGCGGCGGAAGCCGCUGCUGCUGCCAAGCAAGGAGCUGCAGCUGUUCUACUCACGGCGCAUGCAGCAGGCGCUGCUGCUGUAGGAGCCACUGCCGAUGUAGCAGCUGCAACAGCAGCAGCAGCAGCAGCAGAAGCAGAAGAAGCAGCCGCAGCAGCAGAGCUGUUGUCCUUGAGCUAUUUGGCUUGUCCUCUUUAUGCUUCAUCUCCCUUAAGUGCGGAAGAAGAGAUUUUGGCAAAUUCAAUGGAGAGAACAGAAGCAACUGGAGCACCUGUAGGGAAGAUUCCUCUGCAAGGUGGGCCACAUGAAACCGAACAAGACACAGAAUUUACACGAUAUGGAGCUCCUAUUAACUCUACAGGCGGCCUACGGAGGCUCUCGAGGGAAAGUCCUCGUGCUGCUGCAGCAAGAGAAGUAUCUCCUGCAGAGAGCGAGUUCACUUUUGCUGCUGCGUCACCCCCGCCUCCCGCAGCACCAGCAGCAGCUGUUGCAGUGCGAGCAGCAGAUACCGAAGGCACAAGGCACGCCGAAGGGAGCAGGAGCAGCAGUAAUAAUAACAGCAGGGACGAAGACGAAAAUCGAAGUGAGCCCUAUAGUUGCUGCUGGUGGUUCCCAGCAGGCAGCAGCAGCAGCAGCAGCCCUGGAGACGGGGACACACGCCACUGCCAGCUGCAAACAGUAACAGGGACAGAAGAAGCAGCAGCGCCACUGUGGCUCCCCAGAAGAUUAGUCGUAACUCCUGGGGGCCCCAAACGCCUGGUUUCCUGGAAUCUCUUGCCCCUGCCUGCCGAAGACCAUCACCAGCAGCAGCAGCAGCAACAGCAGCAGCGUCGCCACAAACAGCAGCAAGCGCAGAAGCAGCAGAAGCAGUCACCAGCCUCGGGACCCUCGGAAAUUUCGCUUUGCUUGAGGUCGCAAAAGUGUAGAGGGGGCUCCCCAGGUCCCCAGGCAAGGCAACGUUUGAAAGCUGUUGUCUUGGGGGGCCCUUUAAAGAAACCCCCACCCCCCUCCGGCUUUUUUCUACCCUUACUGCAGCACCUUUUAGCUUCUUAA